AUACGAGUGAAGAUAACGGUCACAGGCUGUGUAGACAAAUGCUAAUCAGUAUAAGCUAGCCCCUGCGCUCUCCUCGGCCACAGCGCUUUUUAGGGGUAUAGAAGAAUAUAUCAAGAUCCAAAGUAAGUAAUGACCUCGCCCCCGUCAGGAAAACUGAUAUGGGCGCUGCUCCUCUGCAUGGCUGCGGGUGCCACGGGCGCGAGCGACGGAGAGGGCCCUGAGGAAGACACCCCCUGGACCUUACACCCGGCGCAGAUCGAGCGGAGGCGGGAGCGCUACGGCGACCCCCUGGAAAAGGCAUCCAGGGGGAUUCCGAGAUUCCUGUUUGAGGAUUCCGACGAGGACGGCGAGGCGGAGAGAAAAAACGACGUUUCAUGGGUUGAGGGAAUCUACCUCCCUCUCAGAGACCCGUCAUUAGUGCCCAGCGAGACGUGUCGAAACGACGUCGACGCCAUUUUGAAGGUUCUGGAGUCCCCUAUCCUGUCAGCGAUCAUUAACAGCAAUAACCGGUUCUGGAAUUGGUUUCUGGUAGACUCCUGGGGCAAGACGGGCGACGGGAUCCUGGACGGCAACCUCCUGCUGUGGGGAAUGCCGGGCGAGUGCACUAUGCUGUACGUCAAAGAGUCCCUCCCUUUGUGGAACGUCAACACCUCUUUCUCGGGGCGUUACUGCCUCGUUCACACGGAGAGCCUCCACGACGAAGGAAACGACACGCUAAUGGCCGGUCCAGCAACCCGCGUAGGAGCCUCCAUGACCGCCACUAGUUUCCCUUCCAUCUUCCAGUUCGGGACCUGCAUUCCCUCCAGCUGCACCUCCGAGGACAUGAUGGCUAGCCUCAACGUAACCAUGCACAUCGGCGGGAAAAAACCCAGUUACGUAGACUGUCUUGAGGACAAAGAACUCGAUGGUGGAGACAUUGCCUACAUCGUAGUGCUGUCUGUCUUGGGGGCCCUGAUGCUGGGUGGUGCCCUUGCUGAUUGGCUCAUUGGAGAAAAACAGGAGUUACGGGAGGGUCAUCUUCGCUUUCUACUCGUGUUCUCUGUCUCCAGUAACCUGAAGAAAAUAUUUCAGAUAAACAACAAACAAAGUCCCUCUGUGAUUACCUGUCUACAGGGCAUGAGGGUGCUGAGUAUGGCAUGGAUCUUAUGGGGCCAUUCUUUCGGCGUAAAAAUGGGAAUCUCCAAAAAUCUCAUCGGCGCGCACAGGCUGACCAGCAAGGUAAUUGACCAGACGUAUGUUAACGCGACUUAUAGCGUGGACACAUUUUUCUUCAUGAGUGGCCUGUUGGUGGUGUACGGGGUCAUGAGGGAGCAGCAGAGGUCAGGCAAGGUCAACUGGAUAUUGUUCUAUAUCCAUCGUAUUAUUAGGUUAGUAUGCUUUAUUUUAUUUUUUUUUCUGCCGAUGCCAACCUCUUGUUAUUAUUAUUGAUAGUUGUAUUAUCAUU